UCCGAGCUCUGUGUAGUCAAGCGGGCUCACGGAAGCGAUCCCCAUACCAUCUUGCUCCCACACGGCAAACCGAUCCUCACCUCGCGAAAUAGCUUUCUUCCACACAGACAUGUGAGAUAGAAGACAUCCAAGGUGGUGGUUAUACGGGAAUACGCAUUUUUCGCCGACGCAACGGUGCUGUGGAUUGAGCUGCGAUUCGUGAACCUGUCUGAUGGGAUACGGCAACUCACUGGUUGGAACGUUCGCUUCUGAAGCAGCAAGGGCUCCCGCUAGUACAUCGUGCGUCGCGCUUCGCGCUGUCUCGAAGGUAUCCGGCCAAAGCGAAGGAAACGUCGCACUCGAGAUUUCCACAGUAUUGCGCGCUUCGGCGUCGCUCAAACCACCGUGCGUUUUGAACAGGUUGAACACGUAAUCGCGUCCUUUCCUAGAUCUCUCCAUCUCGUCUCCGGGCGACGUAUCUGCUAUGAUAUACGUCCGCACUCCCGUCGCUCCACUGAUCCCGAGCGUCGAUUUCCCACCGCCGCGAGCUCGUGUCGCUCCACUGAUCCCGAGCGUCGAUUUCCCACCGCCGCGAGCUCGUGCGCUCGUCCUCGCGUCGUCGACCCCCCCGCGCGACGCGACCGCCAUCCCCGCGCCGACCGCACACGCCAUCAGCGCAACACUCGCGAGACAUCCUCGCGACGUCGACGUUCUCGCUCGGGAUCGCUCGCUCACGUCGGUCUCACCGCGCUCUUCGUCCAGGAUGCUCGCAACACCCUCAACGACGCCGUUCGCGGCGUUGCGCGCGAGCAAAUUCGAGCGCUCGCCGCGAGAGAUGCUUUGCGCGUCUUUGUCACUCAUUCUCGCGUCGCGUGGGCGCGCGCAGUGUCGGCUGCGGACGCGCGUCGGUCUCUGUCGAUCGGUCGGACAUUUGUCGGCGACGGAGCUACAGCUACAGCUAGGCUACACCUACUCCUAUUGGGGCGACUCGCUUGUACCGCACGGAAGCGCUUUCCAGACUCGCGAACCGCUGUUCGCGCGAGAUGGGAAGGAUGCGGACGGCGAACUCGCGCGAGAUGCGACGCCGACCGAGAAGAAGAGCGACGGAAGGACGGAAACGCCGCUGUCGAUCAAGGUGUUGAGCAUGGUGUCGUACUUGUUCCUGCAAGUGGCGGGAACGAUAUUCGCGAGUCUGAGCCGGAACAGUGAUGAUGAUUAUCCGUACGAUACCGUGGUGCUGGCGUUCACGAUGGAGUCGGUGAAGCUGGUGUUGUCGUUCAUCUUUUUGACGACGUCGCGGGCGUGCGGAGGAGUCGAAGAAGUGACGUGGAGCGCGAAACGCUUCACCUCGUUUGCGCUUCCCGCGCUGUGCUAUUUCGUCGCGAAUAACUGUAUGCUCCUCAUCAUACAAGAACUGGGGCCGUCGACGUAUUGA